AGGUCCCGAUGACGUCAUGCUUUACUGUUAAAAUAUUCAGGUAACCACAGAGUAUCAAGGGUUAUUGAAGGUUUUCGUUUUUGUCACCAGUGCCUGGUCUUUACAUCAAAGCCUACUGUGACGUGAUCGAAAGUGGACAUACUUCAGAAAUCGUCUUGGUGCUGUGAAUUUAAGGAGCUUUUAACUUCGAUCAGCAAUACAAUCUCGAAUUUGCCUGUCUGCGAAGGUACGGAGUAUUCUCUUGGCAGUUUUCUUCGAAGACAAUUAAGACAGCGCGAACGAACGGGAUCUAAAAGAAGAUGCCUGACAGUUCGAUAGUUUGGGAUCAUCAAAGUUUCGUGGAUCAUGCAGGAUGGCUUGAAGCCCAUCAUUCCUCGGCAUGGGAUUCUCAUGAGAUUCACAGUCCGCCUGAUCCGGUGCCUGAUCCUGUGCCUGAUCCUGUGACAACCCCACAUCAAGCACGGCGUGGAAACAUCAACUUGAAGGCAAACAUCGGAUCAGUAACGAUCGAAACUACGAAAAGAAGCGUGUCAACAGUAGGCCUAUCAUCUACCAGUGGCCUUGGCGUCAAGACCGAGCAAGGAUCUGACGGAAUCACAUCUCCUAUCAUUUUGGAAGAGACUCAAAACCACACCAGUACCACCAGUGGGGUAACGAAUAGUACUGAUGCAUACUCAAUCACUGAGUCGUAUGAUAUGCCUAAUGUGGGUGCUGCUCGUGCACCUGUUCAACCUCGAGGCUUCUUUGAUCAACAUCGCGUCUUCGUAUUCGCUGGCAUUGCCGUGUCCGCUGUCAUACUCAUCGUCGUAGUCGCAUUACUUGUCGUCAUACUUCGUCGGUCACGAAGGAAGAAACUAAAACAAGUUACUCUCAACUCCACAAAGGCACCAACCAGCAAGGUUCGUCGUCUAGUGAAGAUGGAGAGUCAGGAGAGUCAGCAUACCUAUGAGGAGGUACAGCUUCAUAAGAAAGAUGAUAACAUGACCACAAUGAGCAGCUUGGACACCAGGCUAACAACGCCCUCUACUGCCAUCAGCAAUGGAGGAGGAAAAAGUGACCCCAAGAAUGCAAAGGUCGAACAGUGUGGAAAAGGACCAUUUUACUUUGAGUUAGACGAAUCCAGCGGCCAACCUACCAUACCCGUUUAUUCAACGCCUAUUUCGAAACGAACUGACGAAUUUUCCGCGAAAACGGAUGUCGAAAAGACUGGUGUCUAUCGUUUGUACAGUGAGCCUAUUCCUUUUACCAAAACGAAGGACCAAGGUGACAAGAUCCAAGAAAAUGUUCGAUAUUCUACCCCUACUCCAACCUAUUUCAUCGUCGAUCCUUCUCAACAUCAAGAUAAGAAGAUUGGCGCCGGUACAACCCUUCCUCGUAGAAUGCUCACACGACAAUGUGACGUAACAAUCGAAAAUUAUGAUAAACUUGAUCGUAGCUUCACGAUGACGUCAUCGUCACCCGGAAAGGAGAAAACAAGCGGACUGGUUUCAGAUGAUAUGGGACCAUACAAUUGCCUGAACCGUGAUCAGAAUACAGCGAAUAUGGUAAAAUCCUCGUCAACUUCCCCAAUGGCAAUUGAUUCACCACCAAAGGAAAAGGUGUCUGGUCUUUUUGAGGCUAAAGGAUACAACACGUUGGCGUUUUAGGGGAUUAUUUUGAAAACAUGAACUUUCCUUUGCUUCUGAGUGACAAUUUCCAUCUUAUAGACAACACAACAUUCAUUGUAGUAUACAAAGGUGGGAAUUCGUCUUGAUGAAAAUGAUGUACUGUGCUAUAUUAUUCUUUCCGUUUCAUUCACUUUCAAAGUUUUAAAUACAAAUUAAUCUUGUUUUCCAUCAUUUUUUAGUUUUCUCGUGAUGGCACAUUAAGAGAAAUCUAGAAAUAUUGAAACUAUGACAAUUGUUGUCAUGAAUGUUAAUAUAGAGAAGCUAGUAUCACAACAACAAAACAAACACAUGCCUAUUUACAAGGUAAAGGUCUGACUUGUAAAUAAAAUUGUGAAUGUUGUAAUUCAUCUCUUAUUGUAAAUAAUUACACUAUCGUCGCGUGUUUUAAGAUAGGAGAAGCUGUAAAUACAUUUCCUGUUUGUCCUUCUUUUCUGUCUGACUUAUUUUACAUUCUUUAUAUUUUUCUUUCUCCCUCCUUUAUUACAAAUGAAAAUCACAAUGAGCUGUAAAUUGUGAUCUCUUGGUAUAUUGUUAAUGGAAUUUUGGUGAAGAAAAAAAUGUUUUGUAAAUUCUUAUCCAUUUCUAAGUUCUAACAAAAAAAUGUAUACGGAGUGUAAAUGAAUUCAUCAUAAUUACCAUGAAAGUAAAACAAUGGCGCUCAUUUGUAAAUUUGUCAAUAGCAUCCUGCGCUCACACAACAUGCCUAUACAUGGAUUUUGUGUGAUCAUGGUUCUCAAAAACUUAUCUAAAAAGAUAUCUUUACCAGAAUGAAAGUACAUGCAAAAUGUCAUAUCAAAAUAUAUGGGUUUUCUCUCUAUUAAUGAUAAUUGGAGCCCUAAUUUUUUUUCUAAACAGCAAAAUGGGUGAAUAAAACACUGCCGAGUUGCACAAUUCAAGUGCAAAAAGAAAAAUGGCUGUCAUUUUGCAAUCAUACUUUUACGAAAGUGUUAAUUAUAAUUUUGUACAUUUGGGUCUUUUUCCAAGUUUUGAGAUUUUCACCGUGCAAAUCCCUGCUACACCCUGUAGCAUGUUUAAUGAACCAGCUUGUGCAUGUAACUUUACUAUAUUCAUUGUGUUGUAUAUAUCAUAUGAGAACAACGAAGGCAUUCCCUUUUUUGUA